CUGUUGUUGUCUCCAAGUUGUUCAAUUUUACCAGGUGCAGAUGGCAAGGGAAACUUUAUGAAGCUGCCGCGCGCGUGCCAGGUUUUUAGCUCUAGCCUGGAAGCAACACGAGGGCAGAAGAAGGAAUAAACGUGUCUGUUUGCACAUAAUAUUAUAUCAGGUAUGGUCGAGUUGCUGCUGAGCGAAGAGCCUGUGUUGGUUCAAGCUUGUUUUCAUGGGGAUGCUGAUGAAAUCAGAGUUGUGUUGUCAAAAGGUGAAGAUGUUAACUACCAGGAUGCAGAUAGAAGGACACCACUGCAUGCUGCUGCUCACUGUGACGAAGAAGAAUGCCUAAGGCUCCUUAUUAUGAAUGGCGCUAGGGUCAAUUCAAAAGAUUCGAGAUGGUUGACACCUCUUCACAGGGCAUGUGCAGUUGGAAGCGAGAGAUGUGUAAGAGUCUUAUUGGAAAACCAAGCUGACAGCAAUGCAAGAGACAAAAACUGGCAGACUCCUUUUCAUGUUGCAGCUGCUAAUAAUUUCAGAGUUUGUGCAGAGGCUUUAUUGCCGCACGUAAACAACAUCAAUGUAGCUGAUCGUGCAGGAAGAUCCAGUCUACACCACGCUGCAUAUAAUGGUCACAUCGAGAUGGUGAACUUUCUUUUGAGCAAGGGUGCAAAUCCAAAUGCUUCGGAUAAAAAAGAACGAAAGCCGAUGCAUUAUGCUGCGUUUAUGGGACACGACCACAUAGUGAAAUGCUUGGCAAGGAACAACGGGGAGAUUGAUUCUGUUGACAAAAAGUCGUACACUCCACUUCAUGCUGCCGCUGCCAUGGGACAAGAAUUUGUUGUCAACCAACUCCUCAAAUUUGGGGCAUCGGUGCAUAAGAAAACGGUCGCCGGAAACACUGCACUUCACAUCGCGUGCCUGAAUGGCCAGGAUGGCAUCAUAGAUGUACUUGUCAAACGCAAUGCAUCGAUCAAUGCCUAUAAUUCAAGAAACCAGACUCCUUUGCACCUUGCUGCCUCGAGUCAUUCUGGCCUCAUUUGCAUGGAAGAACUUCUGAAAUUAAAGGCCGAUUCAAACCACCAGGAUUACAACGGCCAGACCCCAUUGCACAUCUGCGCCUCCGAGGGCCACGCAGCCGCCAUUCGUCUCCUUGUAAGCAAUGGCUCUCAAGUCAACCUGGUGGACAAGAAGGGCAACUCGCCUUUGCAUCUUGCAAGCCGACACGGGCACGAACUUUUUGUUAUGGAACUCCUGAAUCACGAUGGCGAUCCUUUCUGCCGUGGCGAAAACAGCAUGACUGCUUUGCAUAUGGCUGCACUUGGCGGACACACAGACUGCUGCCGAACUCUUAUUGCAAACGGCUGCAAUGUUAAUUGCAUUGAUGGCAGCGAUCGAACACCACUCCAUGCCGCCUCAUGUAGCAAAAACAUCGAAUGUCUGGAGCUACUCCUUCGGCACGGAGCUCAAUUUGAUCUCAGUGAUAAACUCGGAAGGACCGCGUUGCAUUAUGCGGCUGGUCACGUGUCACAUGAAUGCGUGGAGCUGCUUUUGUCAAAAGGUUCCAGUGUGCACAAACAAGAUACCAAUGGGUGCACACCGCUGCAUUAUGCUGCUGCCAAAGAUGCAGAUGCGAUUGUGGUGGAGAAUUUGCUCAAACAUGGCGCUAGUCCCAGCAAGCAAGACAAAAAUGGCUACACUCCACUUCAUUACGCGGCUGUCAAUGGGUUCAAAUUGUCAAUAGAAAUGCUUUUAGAUGUUGGUAGAGACAAUCUCGUUAAUAAAUGCGGAACUGAAGGAUACACUCCGCUUCACUUUGUGUCGCAUCAUGGUCAUCUCGCCGGGCUUAAAGUUUUACUCAGCGCAUACAACGACCCCAAUGUUAAAGGAAUCAACGGCCUAACCCCGUUAGAUCUUGCGUCACAUGCAGGCCAUGUGGCCUGCGUGGAAGCGUUGUUGACAAACAAGAACCCUGCAUCGGUCCUUAGUUUUGAUAACGACGUAAAGAGGACUCCCCUUCAUGCGGCAGCUUACAACGGCCAUACUACAUGUUUGGAACUGCUGCUCAAGCACGCAGAGGCUGAAGAUGUCGUCGAUUGCGUAGACGGCCAGGAUCGGACUCCUUUAAUGCUGGCAGUGAUGAAUGGCCAUAGAGACAGUGUGUUGUUGUUGUUGCAACAAGGAUCAAACCCUAGUGCCCAGGACUUUAGGCGAAGAACGGCCACCCAUCGAGGGGCAGCUUGCGGCCAGGAAGAAUGCGUCGAUGCGCUGUUGCAAUACGGGGCCGACCCCAACGCAAGGGACUGCAACGGCCGUACUCCAUUGAUAAUGGCAUCAGCAUGCGACCAUGUUGGUAUUCUGGGAAGUCUCCUUCAAGCUCAAGGGAAGCCUUAUUGGCCUGAUAACUCGAAAUACACUUCGCUUCAUUGGAGCUGCUAUAACGGACAUGAAAGCUGUGUUGAGCUGCUUCUGGAGGAAAAUCAGGAGAACGCCACGAAUGGAAACAGUUUCUCGGCUCUUCAUUGUGCGGUGCUGAACGGCAACUUGGCCUGUGCAGAACUGCUUUGUGAGGCACUUGGCAACAGCAUUGUCAACAUGAAAGACAAGAAAGGAAGAUCUCCAUUGCACGCUGCCGCAUUCAACGAUCAAGUGGAGUGCCUACAGUUCCUACUAAAAGAAAAAUCUGAGGUUGACCCGAUAGAUGGUGAAGGGAAAAGUCCAUUGAUGGUCGCUGCUGAGAAAGGCAACACGAAAACAGUUGUUCUGUUGCUAGCUGCUGGUGCCAAUCCAGGCCUAAAAGACAAGAAUGACCAGACAGCACUUCAUAUGGCUUGCAAGCAGCACCACAGCACGUGUGCAUUGCGAUUGCUAGAACGAAUGGACAAGGAAUCAAUCGAUAUCCAAAAUCAAGACAAACAAUGUGCGUUGCAUAUCGCCGCAAGAAAUGGGCUACACCGGGUUGUCACUGGUCUUAUCAACAAGGAUGCGAAUGUGCUUUUACCCGACAAUACUGGCUCUUGGCCAGUGAUAUCCUGUGCUGCCAGCCCGGAUGUUGCAAGCUGCCUCAAACAUAUACUUCUCGCAAUGUUGCCCCCAGAAUCACACCUGCGUGGGAGCCUAGACGCGAUGAUUGCAUCGUCAAAGAACAAACAGAACUCUUCCGAUGAUGAAAGUGAUUAACAUGUUGUGAAUAUUAACUAGAAACAAAUUUAGAAAUAAUCCACUGGUGUCAUGGAUCUGCUGGUGCAAGCCUUUGUUUUACUGCUGUAAUUUGAAUUUGUUGUUCCAUGGUAAACAUGCACCAUGCCUUCGUUCAUAUAAAUUGGUUUAGAUAAAUGUAAUCAUGUUUCUUAGUAUUUUUAUCAACAUAUUUGGUUCCGGG